UGGAGGACCCUCCCUGCUUCAGAUUUACCAACAGCAUGAAUCAAGAAAAGAUAGCCAAACUACAGGCUCAGGUCCGGAAAGGGGGCAAGGAUACAGCCCGCAGAAAGAAGGUCGUACACAGAAUAGCUAUAGCGGAUGACAAAAAGCUUCAGAGUUCUCUAAAAAAACUGGCUGUGAAUAAUAUAGCUGGUAUUGAAAAGGUGAACAUGAUUAAAAAUUAUGGGACAGUUAUUCAUUUCUACAAUCCCAAAGUCCACGCUUCCCUGUUUAAUAACACCUUUGCAAUUACUGGUCAUGCAGAAGCUAAAACAAUCACAGAAAUGCUUCCUGAAAUAUCAGGUCAGCUUGGUGCUGACAGCUUAAAAAGCCUUAGGAAGUUAGCUGAACAGUUCCCACGGCAAGUCUUGGAUAGCAAAGCACCCAAACCAGAAGACACUGAUGAGGGAGAUGAUGACGUUCCAGAUCUUGUAGAAAACUUUGAUGAGGCAUCAAAGAAUAAAGCUAACUAA